UCUUAAAUAAUUCAGUCCUUUUUUGUAUUGAUUUUACUCUCUCAAUCCAUAUAAUCUACAGGGACGAUGUCCUCUCCCUCCUCCACCCACUGCACUACGGCCCGCAAGCCUUCGCUUAACAUUCUCGCGUUGAUUUGCUGUUCUCGAUCGAUCGGCAAUGGCCUCAUCCAUUAAUGGCGGCAACGGCAACUUUACCGCCAUCGACCUCAUCCGCCACCAUCUCCUCGCCGACCUCCCACCCACGCCCCCAUCCUUCGCCCUUCCACCUCCGCUUCCUGCCGCUCCCCCGACCUUCUAUACCACUGAUUUCCUCCGCGCCUUCCCCGAGCCUUCUGUCCCCAUGAUCAGCUUCGCCUCCUGCCGCCCUCUCCUCCCCGACGCCAGCGUCGAGCUCCCUCCUGCCACUCUCACGUUAGACUGGCAGGAGAGGCGGCCGCCCCCGCUGGAUGACGGACGGAGGUACCGGGGCGUCCGGCAGCGACCGUGGGGGAAGUUCGCCGCGGAGAUCCGCGACCCCAACCGCCGGGGCUCGCGGCUCUGGCUCGGCACCUACGACACCGCGGUCGACGCCGCCCGGGCCUACGACCGAGCCGCUUUCAAGAUACGCGGCCGCAAGGCUAUCCUCAACUUCCCUAACGAGAUAGGGUGCUCUGGCGGCAGCCACCCAGCAACCCCUCCAGAGAAAAGAAAGAGGGAAGCGGCGCCGGCGUCCGAGGAAGCGAAGAGGAGGGUAAUGAUCAAGAAGGAGCCGCCGCCUGUCGUGGUCCAAGUCAUUGAUGUGCCGGCUCUGUCAACGACGAUGUGGGAUUGGGAUCUCGGCUUCGAAUUCGGAUUGGGAGAGGAGGAGGAGGACGAGAAGGCAACACAUGACGCGCCGCCUCUGUCGCCGUUAUCUCCUCAUCCAUCCUUAGGCUUUUCGCAGUUGCUCGUGAACUGAGAGCUAAGCUGCAAUCAAAUGUAUGUUGAGCUGGAAAUCAAGUAGCUAUAGAAAUAAUGUAACCAGUAAAAAACUUGUACUUACAGUAUAAAUGUUUCCUAAUAAUCAGCACGUAAAUGAAAUGGAUGUGAAUUU